UGUAUUUACUUUCGAUCUGUGUAGAAGAAUACUUUUUGGUUUACCAAAAAACAAUAGAAUGUAGCACUGUCGAAAUAGACAUGUGACAAAUUUGUAAACUUUAAAAACACUCGUCGAGAAAUACGUAAACAAAUAUUUUUUGUACCCUGUAUACUGAGAGCACAUCACCAUGAGUCAUUCCAUGAGCAGUCCUAGGAACAUUCAGCUGGUAUUCGAAACAUACCAGAAAGCCCGAUUAGUGUUUGUUCAAACAAUGGCUGAGCUAGCAACGAGGGCUACCAAUGUGAAAUGUUUGCAGAGUGCCGGAGUGUUAGAGCUGCUGCGGCCGCUGCUAUCAGACGCGUGCAGCACAGUACGGCAGUGUGCGGUGGUGGCGGCAGCGCGGCUGGCAGAACACGACGAGGCCGUGGCCCGCCAGAUACUCAACGGAGGAAUGCUCACCAUCACGCUGGAGAACCUCAACAAGUACAAUGUUUACUACAAACGGUCAGCAUUGUACCUUAUGAGAGCGGUUGCAAAGCACAAUGAAGAGUUAGCAUCAGCAAUCGUUCGUCUUGGAGCUUUAGAGCAUAUUGUAUCGUGUCUUGAAGAUUUUGAUACCCAGGUGAAAGAAAAUGCCGCCUGGGCCCUGGGCUAUAUCGGCAAGCAUAGCGAGCAACUGGCUGGACUAGUGGUGGACGCGGGCACGCUGCCGUUGCUCGUGUUGGCUUUUCAAGAACCAGAAAUGAGUCUAAAACAGAUCUCAUCUGGAGCGCUGGUCGACUUGGCGCAACACAAACCUGAAGCAGUGGUGGACGCGGGCGCUAUAUGCCAUUUAGUACGUGGAUUGGAAAACCAAGAUCCUAAACUGAAGCGUAGCACACUAUGCGCACUUGGCGCCGUGGCGGGCGCGCGCUCUGAGCUGGCGGAGGCGGUGGUGGCGGGCGGCGCGCUGCCACCGGCGCUGCUGCACGCCGGGCACGACGCCGCGCCUGUGCGCCGUGCCGCCGCCUUCCUGCUGCGGGAUAUCGUCAAGCACUCGGUGGAUCUAGCACAACUGGUGGUAAACACCGGGGGCUGCGGUCCACUGGUGGAGCUGCUGUCGGAAGCCACGGGCGGCGCGCGGGUGCCCGCGUGCAUGGCACUCGGCUUCAUCGCUGGCCAGUCGGACCAGCUCGCCAUGGCUGUCAUUGAAGCUAAGGCGAUUCCACCUCUGGUAGAGAUACUGCAAAACGUGGAAGCCGAAGACGCGGAGCUGUGCGCGGCCGCGUGGACGCUGGGCCACAUCGCCAAGCACUCGCCGCAGCACAGCCUGGCCAUAGCCGUGGCCAACGCCCUGCCCAGGCUGCUACAGCUAUACACAAAUCCAAAGUCAUCUGGAGAGGUGCGUGCACGGACGUCCUGUGCCCUCAAGCAGGCGCUGCAGUGCUGCCUGCACAGGCCCGCCCUGGAGCCACUGCUCCACGCUGCCCCAGCAUGCAUACUAAAAUAUGUUCUAGCACAAUACGCAAAGAUUUUGCCAAAUGAUGCCAGAGCUAGAAGAUUAUUCGUUACAACUGGAGCACUAAAAAGAGUGCAAGAAAUAGAUACCGUUCCAGGAACAUCUCUCAAAGAAUACAUCAACAUUAUCAACAGUUGUUUCCCUGAAGAAAUUGUUAGAUAUUACACUCCAGGUUAUUCGGAUUCUUUACUUGACCGAGUCGAAGCUUAUACUCCACAGAUUCCAGAGCUUUUUACGGAUCGAGUACCUAGCGACUGUCAAAGCGAAUUAACGAUUGAUAACGCAAAUUAGUUUGUUUUGGACAAUGUAAUU